AUGCUGUCAGAUAACAUUAAACAAAAGAGUAAAGAGAAACUCAUUGCUGAUUUCGACGCUGUUUCAUUAUAUCCAUCAGCUAUAGCAAGACUUUAUACUUUAGAAGGAAUUCCAAAGGUUAUGAAGAAAGAAAUGUUAAGCACAGAGUAUCUCAUGAGACAUUUAUUCGAUGACGGCCAAAAGGAACCCAUUGGUGAAAAGUUUAUGUCUGGCUUCUUUGUUCUCAUUAAGAUAACAGAGAUUGGAAUACAUAGACACUUUCCUUUAAUAGUUUGUGACCCUGAACUAAAUCCAGAACUUAACGUUCCCAGAAGUUCAAACACUUGCUGUUUAAUGUAUGUUGACCAUAUAACAUUACAAGACCUCAUAAAAUAUCAAGGUGUCAAAUGUGAAGUGUUGCAAGGAUACUAUUACGAUGGAAACAGAGAUAUUAGAAUAAGAGAUGAAGUAAAGAAGUUGUUUGAGUUAAGGUUAAAGUAUAAGAAAGAAGGAAAUCCUUUGCAAGAAAAUAUAAAGCUCAUUCUGAACAGUAUUUAUGGCAAAACUAUUCUAUCUCCUAUUGAGUCAAAAAUAACCAUAGUAAAUGACAAAGAUGCUAUAAGAUAUGGCAUCAGAAACUACAACCAUAUAGUGAAGUUCGAAGGUUUGGAUGGUUCAGAUAAAACUAUUUUCAAGCUAACGAAAAGCAUUUGCAGACACUUUAACUUCUGUCCACUUGGUGUUAAUAUUCUGUCAAUGUCGAAGAGAAUAAUGUGUGAAGUAUUCUGUACUGCUGAAGAUAUGGGUCUUCAAAUAUUUUACCAGGACUGUGAUAGCAUGCAUAUUUUCAAUGAAGACAUCCCACUGUUAGCUCAGGAAUUUCAGAAGAGAUACGGUAGAGAACUUAUUG